AUGCCACUUACUUUUCUUACACUACCGGCACUUACCGCAUUAGAUCUCAGGGGUGAUGGCGUCGAAGGCUUUGAAGCACAGUAUUUAGCGAAUGCAUUACGAAAUAAUACGACGCUUACCACAUUAAACCUCUAUGAGAAUAAUAUCGGAGAUAUUGGAGCACAGCAUCUUGUCGAUGCAUUACAAACUAAUAGGACACUUACCAUAUUAAACCUCGGCUUCAAUAAAAUCGGCGCGGUUGGUGCACAAUAUUUAGCAGAUGCUUUACAAAAUAAUGCGACGCUUACCGAAUUGAAUCUUUAUCGCAAUGAAAUUGGAGCUGUUGGAGCACAACAUGUAGCGGAUGCACUACAAAAUAAUACCACACUUACUACAUUAAAUCUCGAGUGGAAUCAAAUCGCAGAUAUUGGAGCACAACAUCUUGCGAAUGCAUUACAUAAUAAUACGACGCUUACCACAUUGGAUCUCGGACCCAAUCAAAUCGGAGCUAUUGGUGCACAACAUCUGGCGGAUGCAUUACAAAAUAAUACGGCACUUUUCAAACUAAAUCUCUCCUACAAUCAACUCGGAGCUUUUGGAGCACAGCAACUGGCUGAUGCAUUACAAAAUAAUACGACACUUACCACAUUAAAUCUCUGCUCGGAUAGUAUCGGAGAUAUUGGUGCACAGCAUCUGGCGGAUGCGUUACGAAAGAAUAUGACCCUUACCGUAUUAGAUCUCACUUAUAAUCAAAUCGGAGCUAUUGGCGCACAACAUCUGGCAGAUGCAUUACAAAAUAAUACGACACUUAGCGAGUUGAAGCUCUCCAACAAUCCAAUCGAAACUGUUGGAGCACAACAUCUAGCAGAUGCAUUACGAACUAAUAUGACACUUACUAUGUUAGAUCUCGGCCUCAACAGAAUCGAAGCUAUUAGUGCACAGCAUUUGGCAGAUGCAUUACAAAAUAAUACGACGCUUACCGCAUUAUAUCUCCGCCAGAAUCGAAUUGAAGCUCUUGGAGCACAGCAUCUGGCUGAUGCAUUACAAAAUAAUACGGUAACUAUCAUUCUGCUACUCAUCUAUCUCCUAUAG